AGAGAAAGAAACAUUGUUGGAAGAAAUCAAACAGAGUUUACACCCUCUAACGGAGGAUCAUUUACUUUACCUGUGUGAACGCUGUGGAAUUGAUGGCUCCCAAGUUAAAGGAAAGCACCAUCGCUCGUUGCGACGUAAAAUCAUGGAGGAAAUGUGGGAAAAUGCAGAUUCGGUCAAAUCGGAGGAGCAGGGAAUGUCUUGGUUACUCCGACUGAAAGAUGACAUCAGAAAGAUACAGGAAGAAUCUAGUGUGGCACCCAUGAGUCCCAGCCAGUCGGAUGAUGACGAAACGGGGGACAACCCUAACGGUCGCUCGCUCAGUGGGAGGGUCUUAUCAUCUGGGAAGUCUCCAGGGUUGAAAGGGAUCCAGCGACCUUACAGCUGUGAUGUAUGUGAGAAGAGCUUCACUCAAUCAGGAAACCUACGAAGACACCAAACAGUACACACAGGAGAGAAACCUUACAGUUGUGAUCAUUGUGGGAAAAUCUUUUGUAGUUCAGGAGCCCUGACUAUUCACAAGCGUCUACACACUGGAGAGAAACCUUACAGCUGUGAUCAGUGUGGGAAAAGCUUUUCUAGUUCAGGAGCCCUGAUUAUUCACAAGCGUCUACACACUGGAGAGAAACCUUACAGCUGUGAUCAAUGUGGGAGGAGCUGCAAAGAUGCCACAGCCCUGAAUGAACACAUGCGUACACACACAGGAGAGAAACCUUUUAGCUGCGAUGUUUGUGGAAUUCGUUUUUCUCGACAAAGCAACCUGAAUGUACACAUGCGCAGACACACAGGAGAGAGGCCUUACAUCUGUGAUCAAUGUGGGAAGAGCUUCACUCGGUCAACGGACCUGACCAAACACAGACGCAUUCACACCAGCGAGAAACCAUACAGCUGUGACCAGUGUGGGAAGAACUUCACUCGGUCAGGAAACCUGGCGAGUCAUCAGAAAACCCACACAGUCAGAGAGAAAAACGAGGCCGGCGGCGGGAGAAGUCAGGCAGGUGGAGAGGGAACCCACACAGGAAAGAUACAGGAAGAAUCUACUGUGGUACCCGUGAGGCCCAGCCAGUCUGAUGAUGAUGCAGGGGACAACCCUAACGGUCGCUCGCUCAGUGGGAGGGUCUUAUCAUCUGGGAAGGCUCCAGGGUUGAAAGUGAUCCAGCGACCUUAUAGCUGUGAUGUAUGUGAGAAAAGUUUCCCACGUUUAGGAGACCUAAAGAGACACCAGAUAAUACACACAGGAGAGAAACCAUAUGGCUGUGAUCAAUGUGGGAAGAGUUUCUGUACAUCAGGACAACGGAUUAUACACAAGCGAACACACACAGGAGAGAAACCUUAUCGCUGUGAUCAAUGUGGGAAGAGUUUUGCUCGAACUGAUUACCUGACCGAACACAAGCUAACACACACUGGAGAGAAGCCUCAUAGCUGUGAUAAAUGUGGAAAGGGCUUCACUCGGCCUAACUGCUUGGCUGCACACAAGCUAACACACACAGGAGAGAAGCCCUACCUCUGCUCAGACUGUGGGAAGAGCUUCUAUACACCAGCAAAGUUGAAAGAGCACGAGCGAUCACACACAGAAGAGAACCCUUACGGGUGUGGUCUGUGUGGGAAGAUCUUUGCUUGUUCAGGUUCCCUGACUAAACACCAGCGUGUACACACAGGAGAGAAGUUUUACAGGUGUGGUCUGUGUGGGAAGAGCUUUGCUUGUUCGGAUUCCCUGACUAAACACAAGCGUGUACACACUGGAGAGAAACCUUACAGCUGUGAUCAGUGUGGGGAGAGCUUUGCUCGUUUGGGAGCCCUGACUAUUCACAAGCGUCUACACACUGGAGAGAAACCUUACAGCUGUGCUCAAUGUGGGAAGAGCUGCAAAGAUGCCACGGCCCUGAAUGAACACAUGCGUACACACACAGGAGAGAAACCUUUCCCCUGCUAUGUCUGUGGAAUGAGUUUUUCUCGACGAAGCACCCUGAAAGUACACAUGCGCAGACACACAGGUGAGAAGCCUUACAGCUGUGAUCAAUGUGGGAAGAGAUACGCUCAUCCAGGUGAUUUGAAAAUACACAUUAGAGUACACACCGGAGAGAAACCAUACAGCUGUGACCAGUGUGGGAAGAGCUUCACUCAGUCAACAAACCUGACUAAGCACAGACGUGUUCACUCUGUAGAGAAACCCUAAAGCUGUGAUCUAUGUUGUAUGAACUUUACUCAGUCAACAAACCUGACUAAGCACAGACGUGUUCACUCUGGAGAGAAACCAUACAGCUGUGAUCUAUGUUGUAUGAACUUAGCUUAUUUGUAUCUUAUUUCAUGGGCUCAUUGUCAAUUAAAUCAUGUAGAAUAUUUUAACAUUGUUAUAGUAAGAGUUCAUGUUUUUAAUUCUAUUUAAUUCAAAUUGAAUCCAUAUGUGAAU